GCGGUGCGCAGCAGCGGGAGGUGUCGCAGCGCAGCGGCAUGGCGCGGCUGCCGGUGCUGCCGCUGCUGUCCCUGGUGCUGCCGCUGCUGCCCCCGGUGCUGCCGCUGCUGCCCCCGGUGUCCCCGCUCCUGUCCCCGGUGUCCCCGCUCCUGUCCCCGGUGUCCCCGCUGCCGCCGCCGCACAACGUGACCCUGCCCCGCUGCCCCCCGGGCCGGUUCCGGUGCGCGCCCCACGCCCCCUGCGUGCCCGUCGAGUGGCAGUGCGAUGGGCACCCCGACUGCGAUGAUGGAGAGGACGAGCGGGGCUGCGGGAGCGGGACCGCGGCGGAGCCGAGCCCUGGCGGCGCAGAGGCUUCAGCUACGCCUGUGCCUGAGGGCUCAGCACCAUCCAACAGCCCAGACCGCCUGUGGAUCUUGGUUAUUGCAGCUCUCCUGAGCAUCCUGGUAGCUGUUGGUUCUCUUGCUGUGUGGGGCAUAUCCAAAGCAAAAAGCAGAUUUGACAUCUUCAGUCCUGAAAAAGCAUCCAGAGAACGGCUGAUGCCUGACAUGAGCCAGAGGGGCUCAUUUCCCCAAAGGGGAUCUGUACCAUGAGGUGAUGAGAUGGGGCCAGCCUGGUCUCCCUCCAGCUGGCUCUAUUGGACACAUAAGCUGGCAAGUCUGAAUUGUUACACUGGAAUAGCAAAGGAUGCUCCCCUUGGAAAUCGAUUUUAGAUUGUGGAACUACUUUAGCACUGGAAAUAGCACAGGACCUUCCCUGGUGCUGGGAAAUCACCCCUCACACAAGCGGGUAGAAAUGUCCUCAUUGCUCUUGCCUCCAGGGUUUGUUAAUGCUGAUCUCACCAGAGUGGCCUUGGACCCAAAAGUUUUGUCCUCCAUGAAAUGAUAGGUGUUAGGUGCUGUUCAACUGUUCCCUUCCACUGCCAGCCAAGAGAUUUUCUUCACCUGCCCCAUUUCCUCCCCCUCCCCCCCCAGGAUUUUGCUAGGAAACAGGGGCUUUCUCAUCCAUUUCAGUAGGAACUUACUAACUGCACAGAUCCAACAUGUAUUCCAUGUUUGUGGCAGUGUUUUGAUGCUGUUUUUCUGUGCUUUGGGGCAUGUGCUGCACUUUCCAAGCAGCUCAGUGCUGUAUGCUUCUGAGAACUGACAGUGGGGCAGGAGAGUGCUGAGCAGUGUCUCCAGUUCCAUGUUGACCCCAAGCCCCUUGCACAAGUGCACAAAGGAUUGAAAGCUGCUGCCCUGGCUGCUGAUCUCUUUGCCUUAAAGGUGAGAACUUGGCUUGCCAAACAGACACCAGUCAUCAGCCUUAGAACAGGAGCCUUCCACCCCUGGAUAGUGUGUGUGCUGCUGUAUCCCAUGGGAGAAACUUCAAGAUGUGGCAUGGAGUACUGAAUUACACCAGUGCUGCUGUUCUUAGUACCAAGAGGUCAUUUGCAAAGGUGCACACAACCUGGCUUCUGUUUCCACAGGGAUAAGUGGAGAUAGCUGUUGGUGAAUGACAGGAGAAUAAAGAACUUGAAACUA